AUGGAAACAGAAAGCAAAGUGAAAGAUCAUGAGUCGAAAGAAGAACAAACGAGGAUUUAUAAAAUUUUGCUCCUAACCUAUGCAAGAAGAUUAUCAAAAUAUCAGGAUCAAAUAAAAAAUAUAUAUUUUCACCAUAACAUAAUUUCAGCCAUAAAAGACGAAGCGGGAGAUAACUACCUAAACGAAAAUGUCACUUCGCAGCAUUAUUUUAUCGACACGUUAAUUAAAUCAAAUGAGAAUCAGGAAUUUUUAAAAAGCAUACAGUUAAUCGAGAGCAAGGCGGAUAAAGGCGAACAUAAAGUGAACGGCGAUCUCAAUGGGGAAGCCCCCAUCGGAAAUAGAGACAGUAGCAAUAAUAAUGGUAGUAAUAACAAUGCGGAAAAUAACAAUGGCGGGCUGAAUAAUGAAGCAAAUGGUACCAACCGAACGAACCCAAGAACCCAUUUUAAUAAUUACAUUAUGGAUAUCAUGGAAAGGUUUCACCUAUUCGUUUUGUUAAAAAUGUUAUUUGUUUUAUUUUUAUUUGAAGCAAGUUUAAAAAUGUACUUUAUCGUUUCUGGGUUGUUUAUCCUGUACAACAGAGGUUUUUUCGAUCUCCUAAUCAGCAAUUUUAGUUUCAUGUCAAGUAACGAAUCUAUAGAACAGGUUCUAAGACGCAUGAGAGAAUCGAGGAAUAUGAAUAAUAUGCUCAUUAACGAACACACAGCGGAAGUGAAUAACUUGAAUGAAGGAGCACAGCAAAUUAGGCAACAAGAGGGGGAAAUUGUGGAUGACAACCACAGUCACCAACUCGCAAGCGAUUUGCAAUUUAUGCAAAACGGGAGAGACGCGGAGGGAGAGUUAGACGACGGAGCGGUGGGUCAGGGAGAAGAAAACACCAGCAAUAAUAAAACAAACACAGGGGAACAAGUAGCAUCAUCUGCUUUGCACCCUAUAAAUUCCAUUAAUAAUGAGACAGAUCCCGUUCAUGCUGCAUGGAAAGAAGGAAAUCCCGCAAAUGUAGACAAUAACGAAUUUGUAAAUGAACUAUAUGACGAAUUUAAUUACCAACUUAAUAAUGAUAAUUCGAAAGGGACAAAUCAAGGUGGGCAUAAUACCAGUGCAACAUGUGGCGAAAAAGAUAAAAAAAAAAGUUUUUUUUUUUUUAAAAAAAAAAAGAUCGAUCAGAAGACACAGGGAACUGAAUUAAAAGUAAAAAAUAAUUCCUAUGAGGAAUUAAACUCAUGCGCAAAUUUAAAUGAAAAAGUGGAUAGUAGCUACUUGGACGAUGCUACGGAUGAUCUUUUUCGCGAAAUGGGUGCAGCGAAUAGUGGCGACGCGGAGAAUCUCUUAUGCGCUGGUGUGAGAAGACGAAAAAAUAUUAGCAGCGGUGAUCAAAAGAGCGGCAACAAUGAUGAUCUUAAUGGCGACAGUAGCAAUGCGCAUAAUGACAGUGCAAGCAACACGCGCAAUAACAACAAGAUGUAUUUCCAUGACAGCUGCACGACAUUUAACAAUCUGUUAAAUAACAGUAUGAGUGAAUUUGUCAACUCCGAUUGUGACGACUCGGAGAAUAAUAUAGACAGUGGGCAAUCCCACUGCAGCAAUUCUUCCGCAUUGAAGAAGAAAGAAAACGCUCCUCACAACACGCCAGAGGAGGGGGAUAAUAACGUCAGCAUCAACGCGAGACGGAAGCCAACGAAGUUUGAAAAAUAUAUUUACCAAUCGGUUGUCAUGUUUUUCAUGACCCUCCUACCCUGGUGGGUGCCAGACGUUGCCUACCUGGAGGAUUGA